AUGGCGGUGCCGAAGACGGGAAGCGAGAUCUUUCCAGCAGCGGCGAAUCAGGGUCCCCAGGAUCCACUCCAGCAUCGGCAGCGGCUCCCAAGCGGUUGCGGAAGGACCUCGUCGCGCUGUCUGACAGCCCGUGCAUCACAUCCGAUACAUCCACGGACUAGCAGUGAACACAACGACCCCCCCCCCCCCCCCCCCAUCCAUCCCCUUUUCGCGCACCUGCGAGUCAUCACCCUGAACGUUCAGGGCUUCCGCAGCGUGACAAAACAGAUCGAGGUCAUCCAGUUCGCCCGAACCGCCCGUUGCGACCUCCUGUUCCUGCAAGAAACGAACUUCCACAGGCAGCGCGACGUGGACCUCUUCAAGCAGCGGUAUGGGGUGGAUUGUUUCUUUUCAUACGCCACUACACGGAGCUCGGGGGUGGGGGUCAUUAUCUUUAGCCGCUCGCUCCUCCGUCUCAGCGCGUGCUGCUUUGACCCCGACGGGCGGUACAUCGCUUUUGAUUUCUUCGUGGACGGCACGCGCUUUCGUGCUGUGGGCGUGUACGCUCCAGCCCAGCGUUCGCAAUCCCCGGCUUUUUUCAAGAGCCUGGACGUCCAUCUGCUCGACGCUCGCCACUGCCUGCUCCUCGGCGACCUCAACUGCGUCGUCGAUUCCCGGCGCGAUGUCAGGGGCCCAGGCUACGGACGCACCACGUGGAACGCCGGCGAGCUGAUACGCCUGAUGCGACACUUCGACCUAGUGGACUGCUGGACCCUGCUCCAUGGCACCGCUUUCGAGCAUACCUGGCAACGAGGAAACUCGAGCAGUCGCCUGGACAGGUGUUACAUCUCCGAGUUUCUGAGCCCCUCUGUCACCGCCUGCUGCGCAAUGAACUUCCCUCCCUCCACUACGUACAUCUCCGACCACCGUCCGGUACUCGUAGAGCUCCGCUUCAGCAGCAAAGCCAGUUCUCAACGCACCUGGCGUCUCGACACCCGACUGCUGCGAGACAAAACAAGCCGCGACUGCCUGAGAGAAGCCUUGCGCCGGUCCCUCCAUGGAGCGGCACCAGACCCCUUGACCUUUGACCGGCUUCAAGACAGCUUCAAGACAGCUGGUGGGUGGCGUGCGUGGCGGAGGGUCGUGCACUGCGUCGGCGGCACGCCGAGCAGCUCCGAGACACUUCUCUGCGAAUUAGGAUCGUGCGACGGGGCGGCGCGGGGACUCCGCUAA